AUCAAAAGAAAAAGCUGAUGGAAGAGAACAAAGACCUGCAGUUAUGCUACCUGGAACAAAAGCAACAACUAGAGGAACUGAAAGAGCAAGUGAAGCAUUUAACCAAGGAAGAUAAUAGGGGUGGGGCAGAACUCAGUGAAGCCGUGCUGCUUACAAAGGUUGAAAAGCCGCAGAAGGAAGGGGACCUUAUGUUUUUGGAAGAAGACGACAAUAUCCAUAAAGAUUUAGAACACUCCAUGAAGGAGCUACAAUUAACACAUAUGGAAACAGUGCAAGAACUCGAAAAGACAAGGAAUAUGUUAAUUGUGCAGCACAAAAUUACCAAAGAUUACCAGGUGGAAGUAGAAGCAGUGACACGAAAGAUGGAAGGUCUGAAGAAAGACUGUGAGCUAAAGCUGGAACAAUAUGGCCAUCUUCUUGAUAAGAAAUCUGAGCGCAUCAGAAAACUAGAAGCCCAACUAAGUGAUAUUUUUUAUGGUACAAAACCACGGAAAACCAGACGAGAAAUUUUGACAAGUGCUCCAGUGCAUGAAUUUGAUCAACCUUUAUGUUUAGAAAGAGGACAGAACCUUUUAGAAAUUAAUAUCAGCAAAGUCAUCUUGUCUUCUGGAGCUGUGCAAGCUUUUGGCGACCAUGAACUUGCAACUUUUUGUACUUAUGGCUUCUAUGACUUCGAACUUGAGAUAACCCCCUUAGCUUAUGGGCACACGCCAUCGUUUGACUUCACCUCUCAGUACCUUGUGUGGGCUGACGAGCGCUUAUUGAAAUAUCUGCAGGAAAACAGCGUCACACUUGAGGUUCAUCAUGCGUGUGGCAUAGAUCAUGAAACAGUUGCUACCUGUCAACUGAAGCUGUGGGAGACCCUGGAAAACAACGCGAAGAUCUACAGCACAGCACAUUUAGUUGGAACCGAAGGACACGUUCGAGAUUACGGUACUCUAGAAUACUGGAUGAGGUUACGACUUCCCAUGGAGCAAGCUAUUGGUCACUACAAACAGAGGUCAAAGGCUCUGGGGUAUAUAACAUCCAAUUUUAGGGACCGUGAGCAACCAUCCCAGCAGCAGAUACUCAGAACUGCCCAAGUCAUCACUUCAACAGAUGGCAGUUUAAAUGAAGUUCACAUUACAGUAAAAUGUUGUAACAAUCUACAAUCCCGAAAAAAUAAUCUUCAGCCAGAUCCUUAUGUUGUCUACAAGUUCUUUGAUUUUGAAGACCACGAUACUCCCAUCAUUCCAAGCAGCAACAACCCACAGAUAGAUGACCAUAUGUGUUUCCAAGUGCCAAUGAACGCAGAUUUAGACCGAUACCUAAAGACGGAGUCCUUAUCCUUUUAUGUAUUUGAUGAGGGUGAAACAGACAAGAGUGCUUAUAUAGGGAAAGCCAAGGUGCCUCUUAUUUCUUUAGCGCAUGACAGAUCUAUCUCAGGUGCUUUUGAACUAACCCAUCCUGAAAGACUUGCUACCGGUACCAUCACAGUUGAAUUAAAGUGGAAGCUUGUCUAUCGACCACCAAGCGGGUCAACAGUGAGUGCAGAUUUUGUGAAUGACAUUCAAAAUGAGAAAUCAGUGGCAACUGAACUACAAGCAGAGGAACAAAUGGAGACUCCAGACGUGUCUCCUUCUUUUACUUCAUCAGUGACAAAGCCAACACCCAAACCAAGGCAACAUGCAGCUCAAGCAGAGAAGAAAAUAUCUUUUCCAGAUCUUAGUACAACGCAGAUGGAAGUGAAGGAGAUGGCUCAAGAAAUUCAACAGGAAAAAGACCGCUUACCUCUGCCAAAGGGGCCGUUGACUGACCAGAGCUCAGUUACCUCUGAAGGUAAGACAAAAGUAACUGAAGAAUUGCAAACAGAAGAACUAGGUGAUGAACAAAAAGAUGGUGACGUUGAAUCAAUACCAACUGACAGUGAUGACUGUGUUAUUAUAUCAAAUCCAAUAUCCAAAUUAAAGGCAACUGAAAAAAUUGUUAUUGAAAUUCUAUCGCUCCAUCUUACUGACUCACGAAUUGCAUCAGAUGAAACAAUAAAGCAGCUGUUCAUAGAGUGCAGAUUACACAAUGUCAUUGCAGAAGAGACCCCACUGUCGCUUCCAAAACCAAAAAUUGGUCAGAAGAUUCACUAUCACUUUGGCUGUGUGAUACAUGUGGAUAAGGCAAAUAAUAGUGCCAGAAGAGACUAUCUCAAGUCUAUGCUUCUAGAGCCAGAUCUCCAUACUGACAGGCUACGAUUUGCGGUGGUCAGUGAUCCCCUACCAUGCGAACAGGACCUUGAAUGUCAAGAUAUCGGUUUCGCUUAUGUCAGUUUGAGAGAGAUAUUGCGGGAGGGAAGAGACAUCAUUGAGCAAGAUAUUGAUUUUUUCGAUUCCCAAGAUGCUAAGGCGGCAAUUGGAAAGCUCACGGUGUCAGUGGAAGCCCUCCAGGUGCUGCGUUCAGUCCAUAAGGAGUGCAUGU